AUGUUUGCUGCUGGUAAGCCGGUCUGGUACCUACCGCUUGCAGUCUUUGCGAUCGCCGCGCUUCUGUUUACCGUUGCUGAACUCCGCUACGAUCGAUACAUCUUCGCCAAUAGUCAGAGCGCAUAUCCGGAGAGCUUGACCACAUUCUUGUCGGUGGAGACUAUCACUGCGCUCAAAGACGAUGCGCGACUACACCACGCCCUGCUGGGCCUUACCGCAUCGAUUGCGCACACGUCAAGCGACAUAGGACAGAGAUAUGGCUUCGAGGGUGCGGAGAGAUUUGGAGCUUCUUUAACAGAUAGCAUCGCAGAGCUUCGCAAGAGGUACGAUGUCAAGACUCGGAAGCGUGGACUUGUAGACGACAUGAGCCAAGCUAUGGGGGAUUUGCUUGGUAGGCUGGGAGUGAACACCACUGGAGGACUGAGCGCAAUCGUAGGAAAUCUUGGCAGUGCCCUUACGGAUGGCCUCGCAACACCUGCGCUGUUCCUAGGUAUUGGUGUUGGUGUUGGCACGUCUACCGGCCUGAACAUCACUGACAUGACCACGGCCAAAGCCCAAGCCUUGAGAGUCGCGAGUACCUUCAAUGCUACCGCGACAGGUAUUAACCUCGCCGCUCAGAACAUUGGGAACGGAUUAGCUGGACAACUCGCCCCAUCACUCGGCCAAUCCGGCAUGAUGAAUAUCUCCAUCGGAUCCGCUGCGUAUGCCUUGGCGUCGGGCAUUGGCAACUCGACAGCGAGAGCUCUCAAAUUGACGAAUCAGGAGUUCCGACCCUCAAAUGACUCGAGCAUCGAAGCUGUAGCCGGCAACCUAGGCCUUGGAGUAAGCACACCCAUUGUGUCAAAUAUCGACUUCCAGGCAGUGAUGAGGAAUGUGGAAGGAAGCGGUAUCGGUGCCACGCUCAUGCAGCAGCUACCUCAAAUCGCUGCAGCCGCCGGCAACGGUCUUGGGGAAGGAACGAAGAACGGCCUCGGAUUCAAACAAACCGGUCAACCUUCGAACCCUCUCGGAAAGCGCCAAAUGUCUACAGACCAACUGCAAGGAGUCGACGUCCCCGGAGCUGUAAACCAAUUCACCAAGGGCUUCAGUCAGUCGCUUCUCACUGGUGUUGAUGUUGGAAGCCUCACACGCAACUUGAAUCUGACCGGCAGGCUCGGAGGCAUGGUCGAUCCAAGCAUGUUCCCAGCACUCGCUGCAGGUGCUGGAUCAGGCAUUGGUAUGGGACUGGCGAUUGGUUUCACUUUCAAAUCUGUGAAUGCCACACCUUUCAUCGCGCAGAGCGGCAACGUCAGCAACGACAAUAUGCAAACCGCCAUGGUGGCCGAGACCUUCGCACAGAACCUCGUCUCGAACUUCCUGCUCAACAGCACGGUCUUACAAAUCAUCGGCACCGCAAUCUCGAACAGUACGUCAUUGCUCCUGAAGAACGCUGAUGUAGCGAAAGCCGCUGAAGGUUUUGCACGAGGGACCAUCGAGGGCGUCUCGACCGCCUUGUCUUCUGUCGGUGGGAUCCAGAAUCUCCUUAGUGGCAAUUUCUCAGACGAUGCAAUGAUGAAUGUUCCCAUGUUGGACGCCACGAAAUUCAACGACUCGGUUAACGGCUCUGCUGUAUCAUUCGCACGUGGAUUCAUGGGCGAAGGGACGAUACUAAUCGGCGAUGUGUUGAAGAGGAUCAACCAGAACGCGAAUAACACCAGUCCCCUAACUUUUCGUAAGCGCAGUGUAAAUGUGUCGGCGGAUGAGGCAGCUGUUGUCACGUACAAUGCACUCACUGCCCGCCAAGCUCUAGACAACACCAGCGCAGGCCAUCCCUUUCCACUAGCCAUUAACGAGGCCACAAUCAUGGGUGGCGGCCAGCUGGCCAUAGAUAUGUUGACAUGCCAGGGCAUAGGUGGCCUUGCCUCCGUAGCCCUGGGUGCAAUGAAUGCUAGUAAGAAUAAGACAAGCGUGAUGGACAUGAUGAGCAGUGUGCCUCUUGACCCACGGGUUGUCGGUUCCCUACCGCAAGGACCCGUUGAGUUUACAUCAGAGGGCAACACAUUCCGCAUUGUGCUCAAGGAUGCCGAGAUCUCGAUCAAUGGACUGCCGAUCAUUCCUUUUGGUAUCCUUACGGCUCUUCACGUACUCUUCAUCAUGCUGGCCUUUCUCCUGACAUUGCCACUCUACCUUGUUCUGGGAGUUGUCUGGCGCCUUUCGGUCCUGGCUGGGUACCCUGUUAAUGAAGCUAAGAACAAGAGGUGGCGUCUCGGACUAUUGAUCACGUUUGGAAUGUCAGCUGUGAUUGGCAUCGCUAUAGGUAUGGUCGGUAUGGGGGACUCGCGACACUUCCGAGAUGGCCAUGGCGUCUUUGGCCUCAUCGCUCUGAUUCUGGUCUUUCCUACGGUCGGCUUUACGAUCAUGCGCCUUCGCUCUGAGGCCCUCUACCCCGCACCGGCCACCUUCGCCGGCAUUAAAGCCCCCUUUGCGCUUUUCAAGUCCCCUGAUCAGAGAAUAUACAUCAUCAGCGGCAUUCUCAUUCAGCUUGUCUUUGCUCUUGGCCAACUCACUUUCAUCAAUGGCUUCUCAACACUGCGCUCAAUAUCACUCUGCGUCGUUGAUGCAGUCUUGACCUCGAACUCUGUUGCAGGUCUCAUGGGCCUUCUAUUGAUGGUACAAAUUACCGCUGCAGGUAUGAUAGGGAUCCGCACAUGGCUCGAACAGCACAUCGCCAAGCGCGAGAAAGCUGGUGUACAGCGCAUGACCAUAGUCGAAGCCGGUGCAAAGAUACGCAAAGACUCCAUCGCAACAUUUGGCUUCGAUGGCACGCGCUCCAAUGCACCUCCACCUCUCGACCUUGAGCGCCCACCACUGGUUCAGCGUAACACCGAGGAACUGAAAGGCUUUGCAGAUGAGAAGAUCAGUACACCGUUCAACGUCCACAAAGAAGGCACGGCGGACUCUACCGACUUCAACAACCCGCGACAGAUAGGUCGGCAACCCUCUGCGGGUCUGAGGGAGAACCCCUUCCUCUCCCCAGCCGAGCAACGAGACCUUGACGAAAGAGUCUAUCCGAAGACAGUAGACUACCAGUAUAAAUACAAAUCAGCCAUAGACGACAACACAGACUAUUACAACGUACCCGUUGGGUACCAACCUUACCAGCCCGAGUUCAUGUCGGGUCGUCCUUCGUCGGAUCUCAUUGACCGACUGAACUCACCAUUACCUCCUGGGGUUGAACAACAGCAAGGCUACGGAUCCCCACCAAAAAUGCAGGGCGUCACUACGGCGGACCUAUUUCCGCCACCACCGCCGCCACCGAUGGAUACACAGAUGCAGCUGACGAGCAGGAGUGCGUCGAGCAGUUACUCGAGGCCGUUCAAUGAGGGGAGAAGGCCGAGCAGUGAUGCUCUGAAGGGGUUUGAGAGCGGGCCAAGGGACACGGUGAGGGCGAGGCGGUAUAGCUAG